UGCAAAUCUCAAGAACAAUACUAAGACAACAAAACAACAACAAAGGAAGCAGCGCAGCAUCAGUAGUAGUAGAAGAAAGAAGGAAGCACAAUUACUCUCUUUUUCUCUCUCUCAGAGCAAUUUGAACAAACUGAAUCAGUUAGAGGCAGCAUCGGUUAUAAUUAAGUAUAACAAUAAUAACAAUAACAAGAGCAGCAGCAACAGUAUCAAUACAGCCAGCAAUAGCAGCGCGGCAGCAGCAGCAGCGGCGGCAGCAGCUAAAGCAGCGGCGGCGGCAGCAGCAGCGGCAGCAGCGAUAGAGCAAACAAACGAGCAACAAAAACGCUUGGAAAAAUAUUCAUUCAGUAAUCACAGUAAUAACAUCAUCAUCAGUAAUACUAGUGGUCAUGCUAAUGCCGAUCACAUUGCCGGCUUAGUAGGUGGCGGUACUUCGGCUGCAGCAGCAAAAAAUCAGUUAGAGCAAUUACACACAAUGCGUGAAGCUCUAUUUUCUCAGGAUGGAUGGGGUUGCCAACAUGUCAAUCAGGAUACGAACUGGGAAGUGCCAAGCUCGCCGGAGCCCACAAAUAAAGAUCCCUCGGGAUCGCCCAUGUGGAAACCGACCGUAAACAAUGGCACUGAUUUGUGGGAAUCCAAUUUGCGCAAUGGCGGACAGCCAUCGCAACAACCUGUACAGAAAACGCCUUGGGGACAUACGCCAUCAACAAAUUUGGGUGGCACCUGGGGUGAAGAUGAUGAUUGCAAUGAUACCAGUAACGUUUGGACGGGUGGACCGGCCGGAUCAACUGGAGCUGUAGUUGGGGUUGCCGGAGUAGCGGCCGGUUCGGGUGGCGCCGGUCCGCCCAAUGGGCCGCAAUGGGGUCAAGGUGGCGUAGGUGUUGGUGUAUCUGGAGCUGGUGUUCAAUCGAAUGUUGCGGCUCCUGGUGCUAUCUCUGGUGUUACACCUGGAGGUGCUUCGAAUGCUGUUGGCGUCAAUGUGCCUGGUACACCGGGAGGUGCUGGCGGAGCUGGCAAUGGCUGGGGUGAUCCUCGUGGUGGACCCAUGGGAGCUGGUGGACCAUUAGAUAUUCGUUCGGUUGAUCCGCGUGAUCCAAUGCGUGCUGGGUCGGCUGGUGAUCCGCGCGAUAUGCGCAUGCUCGAUCCUCGUGAUCCCAUACGUGGAGACCCUCGAGGCAUUUCGGGUCGCUUGAAUGGCACUUCCGAAAUGUGGGGUCAACAUCAUCCCAUCGCUCAACAUCAAAUGCCUGGUCUCAAUAAAAUGGGAGUGGGUGGGCCAAACGUUGGUGGCGCCGGCACUGUGGGUGGCGUGCCCAAUGCCAACAGUCUGGCAGGACCUAGCACUGUUGGCGGUUUGAAUGCCGGUGGUAAUGUUGUCGGCUCCCAGUGGGGUGGUCCCCCGCAGUCUGUGGUGGGAGGAGCAAAGGAUAUGGUUGGUUCCAUGGCACCAAAGCCCCCUGGAGGUGGUUCGGGUUGGGAAGAACCAUCCCCACCUCCGCAGCGACGUAAUAUCCCUAAUUAUGAUGACGGCACCUCUUUGUGGGGUCAGCAAUCUCGAGUACCCGGUGGAGUUGGCAUAGGUGGUGGUGGCUCUCACUGGAAAGAUGUUUCCGAUUCACUAAACCCCCGCAAUCAUUUAAUGCGCAAUGCCCUUGGUGUACAAAAUGCUCCCAAUGCAAGUAUAGUUUCUGGCCUAGGAGGCCCCGGAGGAGCUGGAGCAGGAGGCGGUGGUCUCGGGGCUCCCGGAAACCCCAAUAAUGCCAUGGGGGUUGGAGCAGUUGGUCCUCCUGGCGCAAGACUUGUCUCUGGUAUUGGCGGUCCUGGUGGUGUAGGAGGUCCUCACAAACCAGACAAUGGCAUGUGGUCUCAUCCUACGGGCCCACCAAAUGUUUCUUCGGCUGGUGUUGGCGGCAACCGCAACACCGGCGGCUGGGGCGAUGUGGAGAAUCACAAUGUGGUUGGCGGCUCUGGGUCUGGUGUUAGUGGGACAGGCGGAGGCAACUGGGGUGAUGACAAGUCCAAUCAAAUUGGCGGCAUGGGACAAACAGGGAACUCUUGGAACGAACCACCAAAUGCAUCUGCUUGGAACAAACCGAAUCAAGCCAAAUUACCUAAUGCCAAUACUGCAGGUGGUUGGGGCAGUGCUGGUGGAACUGGCGCUUCUGGUGCGAACGACGGCAACGAUUUGAAUCCCAAUGACUGGUCAGCUGCUGCCCACAAUUCAAUUAUGAGUAAAGCUCAACAACAGCAGAAGCUUGGCAAUGCUGGCGUCAAUCUAGGCGGUAUUAGCACAGACUUAAUAAAGCAAAGCAAACCAUACCGAAUGUUGGUGGAGGCCGGCUUUAAGAAGGAAGACGUUGAACGAGCUCUUAUCUCUGCCAAUAUGAAUGUAGACGAAGCCAACGAAAUUUUGAAAAAUCUGCAUCUUUCAAUGGUUAGUGGUAUGGGAGGUGGCAUGGAUAAUUGGAGACGUCACGAUGAUACUCUCGGUUCCUAUGCGGACCAUAACUCAGCUGCAACUGCUGGUGGUGGCGCAUUUCCUGGUCGUUAUGCAACACCUGCUACGCAACCUGCGAUGUCAUUCCCUCCGAACAAUCUCUUAAACUCAAUGGGUGGAGGUUCCGUCGGCGCUGGCGGUAAUAAUCCCCAAUUAAAUGCCCUCAAUACAAUGCAACCCUUACAAGUGCAAAAGUACCUUAAUCAAGGUCCACAUAAUGUCGGUGCCGCUGGGCCACCAACUGUAAAUCCUGCGGUAGCCUUCGGCCAGGGCUCGAAUGUGGCCGCAGUAAAUGCUGCUGCAGCAGCCGUGUCGAACAGUACGAAUCAACCAUCAACUCAGCAGCUACGUAUGUUGGUACAACAAAUCCAACUGGCCGUACAUAGUGGCUACUUGUCCAGCCAAAUAUUGAAUCAGCCAUUGGCUCCCACCACUCUUUUACUCCUUAAUCAAUUACUUAGCAAUAUUAAGCAUCUUCAAGGGGCCCAGCAAUCGUUAGCACGUAGUGGAAAUAAUGGUAGUACUAUGCUUACCAUUGCCAAAUAUAAGCAACAAAUACAAACCCUACAAAACCAAAUAAAUGCACAACAAGCAAUAUACAUUAAACAGCAAGCUUUACAACAGAAUCCACAUCCGGCUGCAGCGCAUAUCAAUAAUACAAAUAACGAAUAUUUAAGAAGCCAUGAUUCCAUGACAGCUUUACAGGGAAAUUUCUCAGAAAUGAACUUAAAUAAGUCUGCUGGUUAUCAGGGCGCACCGAAUCAACAGUCUAGAUUGAACCAAUGGAAGCUUCCAGUAUUAGAAAAAGAUAUGACAACGGAUAAUACAGAUUUCUCUCGCGCACCUGGCGCUACCAAACAAGGUAGUGGUGGUUUAACGACAACUAAUGCAACUAAUAUGGGACCUCUGGGUCUACAAAGUGAUGGGACAUGGUCAACUGGGCGCAAUAUAAACGAUGGCUGGCCAGACCACACAAAUGAUAGUGAGAAUAAAGACUGGUCAGUUGGACAUCCUUCAGCUGCUGCGUACUCCGAUUUAGUACAGGAGUUUGAACCUGGAAAGCCCUGGAAGGGUUCGCAGAUAAAAAGCAUUGAAGAUGACCCAAGUAUAACGCCCGGCAGUGUAGCUAGAUCUCCAUUGGCUAUAAAUGCAACGCCAAAAGAUGCUGAUAUUUUUGCCAAUGCAACGAGCAAAAAUUCACCGACUGAUUUACCAACGUUAGGUCUAACGACGUCAUCGACAUGGAGCUUUAAUCCCCCAAAUAAUAAUCAAAAUUUCCAAAGUUGGUCUGAUACAACCCAACAAGAAAUAUGGUCAUCAAUGAAUAAGGCAUCACGCGGUCCACCGCCAGGACUGGGCUCGAACAAAUCUGGCGUUGGUAUGCCAAAUGUGGGUAAUCCUGGUAAUGCCGGCGGCUGGUUAACGGGUGGAGGAAAUAACUGUCGAACAACAGGUGGUUGGUCGGGAACAAAUUCGAAUUGGAACUCAAAUUGGUUAUUACUUAAAAAUUUAACUGCGCAGAUUGAUAGCUCAACAUUACGUACUUUGUGUAUGCAGCAUGGACCUUUGCAAACCUUUCAUCUGUAUUUAAAUCAAGGUGUAGCCCUUUGCAAAUAUGCCACACGUGAGGAAGCCAGUAAAGCACAAAUGACCUUGAACAAUUGCUUUUUGGGCAACACUACGAUAAUAGCCGAAUCGCCUAGCGAAAAUGAAGUCCAUACGAUCUUAACCCAUUUGCCGCAGCAAAAUGCCAAUGCUACUGCCACACAACAGCAUGCACAACAGGGACAAAACUCAAGCCAUAACAAUGCGGGUGGUGGUAUGAACAAUCCCGGUGGUGGUGGAGGCGGCGGAGGAGGAGGAGGCAGCUCAAAUUCAAAUGCCAACAAUGUUGUCGUCAAUAACGUUAACAAUGCCUCAGGUUCACAAAAUCCGUCGACAGCGGGUGGUAACGUUAAUCCUCAAUCAAAUACUUCGUCAAAUAAUUCCUCAAACGCCAACAAUGCGGUCAAUAAUUCCGGGCAAAAUGGUAAUCAGCCAUCGAAUCACAAUUCUCAUGCGAAUUCAAAUACACAAAACACCGCUAAUGUUGCCACAAACAAUAGCAAUGUUGCAGCCAACAAUUCAUCGAAUGCCAAUGCCAAUCAACAACAACAACAGCAGCAGGCCUGGCGUUCAUCAGCCCAAGCCCAACAGCAACAGCAGCAGCAGCAGCAACAAAGCCUAAAUUCUCAAACACGUCCCUCGGGGGGACGUGAUGAUUUUGAAUUAAUUUCCAAAUAUGUGUGUUCGAUUGUGGAUGACUAGAUAAGGCCUAAUAGUUUAAAACCAAUGCCAACGCCACCAACACAACAACAACAACAACAACCACCACCACCAUCAACACCUCCCUCUAAUCUUCCCACUCUUACCAUACUCCCGCGACCACCACUAUUACUUUCCAGCUUAAAACAACAACAAAAACAAAACCAACAACAACAACAACCAUCUAGAAGAUUUCUCAAGUAGUUUUUAACUAUAUAUACAUUAAUCGAACAUAAAGAAAAAACAAAACAAAAAAACAAAACAAAAAAUAAUAAUAUUAAUAAUAAUAAUAAUAUAUAAUGAUGUAUGUUUCUUCGAACUUUUAAUUUGUUUGUUUGUUUUAAACUUCGAAUGAGUGAAUCGAUUGAUCAAUUAUUAUGCUACUGCUGCAGCUCCUCUAAACACACACACACACACACGUGGACUCUCUCUCUCUCUUCCUAAUUCUUUUUUUGUCCUGCCCGUCUGACGACAGUACAUAAUACGUAUAUACAUAGAAAUUAUACAUAAUAUACAUAAAUAAAACAGUAAAUCAUGCAAACAUAAUUAUAUAUAUAUAUUACAUAUACAUUGAUAUAUACAUAUAUAUAUAUAUAUAGAAAUUAUAAUAAAGAAGAAUAUAAAGACGACGAACGAAUACUUUCACUCAAACUCUAUCUCUCUUUCUCUCUCACACACACACACUCAUAGAGACACUCACUCAAAGAACUAAGUGCGCGUGUCGACGAGGAGCUCAUUCCAUUCACUCAUUUCGUUCGUUUAAAAGGAAUAAAUAAAAGAGUAAAAUAAUAACAAUAAAAAUUUUGAGAUUGAGUUAAAACAAUAAA